CCCAAUUUAUCAAAAACUGUUCCAAAAGAUUACAAAUCAAUUAAAGGUAAUGAAAUAUUUAUCUCUAACAAAGUUCUCUACUUAUAGCAACUAGAAAGUGGCGUCAAAGUUACUUCAUUUCCUUCAAGUAAACUUAAGAAAACUUUCUGUUAAUUUGGAGUGAUUUGAAAAACAAUCCUAUAUUUUUCUAUAAUAUCUAAUAGUUCUUGAACUGAUAUCAUAAUAGCCAAAUUUCAAUAAGAACUCUUUUUCUAUAAAAUAUGAUGAUUUUACUCAUGCCUAUUAAAACAAGCAUGCGAAUGAGAAUUUUUGGAAUAACUUUUAAUAGAAACAAGAUAGAGACUUGCGGUUUUCACCGUUAGAAAAGGGUAGAAAAGAUGCAUUGUAUCAUAUGCUAAAGGUUUUUGAAUGUUUUUGAUGAUUCUUUAAAGUACCGGAAAAAUGUCUUUCUUUUGAAAAAGGAAAGAGCAAACAAGUGUUUUCUUCCUCAGGUAUUGCUACAGAAAUUGACUUAGAGCUUUAAGUAGAAUAUACAUCACUUUUCAAUGAUUAAAUCUAAACUUCUGAGUCUUACGAAUGUUUUGGAGCUUCACUUAACGGGUUGCAUAUACAUCUCUCUGAGUAGACUUGCUGUCAAGAGAUCAAUUGAGAAUCUCACAAAAAAAUUGUAAUAUACUCAAGUACAAUUCGGUGCAUCCUUAUCUCUCCGUUCGAUAGUGAGAACUGCGAGUCUGUAAUUUGUUUCUAUCAAAACUCAUUCCGGAAAUGGUCGCGCACAUUUCUUUUUAAAUAGGCCUUAGUAUAAUCGUCACAUAUCAUAGAAAUAUAGUUCUUAUUGAAGUUUAACUACUAUGAUAUCAGUUCAAGAAUAAUUAAAUAUUAAAAAAACUAGAGCAGUGUCAUUCCUAUCACUGCAUAUCAAAAGAAAGUUUCCUCAAGCUUACUAAAAGGAACUAAAAUGCGCUAGAGACUAUUUUGGGAAUACCCUAAGUAUUUCGCAAGGAACUCAGAUUUUACAACAUUAGAUUUUUGAAAAUGAAUUAGAGUUGAAUAAUCGAAAUACCAAGUUAAAUUGGAAAUAAACAAGUAAGUUUUUCUGUAAAAAGUUGUAUUUUUAUUUAUCUAUUGAAUCUAAACUGCAACAAAGUUCUAUUUUUAGAACAAUAAAAUUAUUACUUCAAUACUUCUUUAUGACCUUUUAUUGUUAGGUGAAGAAUUAUGCAUGGUUAUUAUGGAAUUACCGCCGUUCAUAAUAUUGAAAACUCCAACUGCUACGUACAGUGAAAUGACAGGUAAUUAUAAAAAGAUUAAUAUUACAGAAUUUUAUGGAUUUUACAAAGACGUACUUUUAUAUUUACAAAAUAAAAUGGGUUUCAUUCCUGUUAUUACAUUAGCUAAACCAACGACAGAAUAUAAUGAAUUAGUUGAAGGGGUAGCAAAUGACGAUAUUAAAAAUGGUAAAAUUUCAUCAGAUCGAAUUGGAAUUGUGGUAGGUUGCGCAGUAGAAGAUUAUUAUUUAAAUUCCAUAUCACAACGAAAAAAAGAUUAUUAUCCAUUAAAGACAGCGGACGAAAUUUAUACCACGUUAAUAAAUGGUAAUAUUGAUGUUGCUCUAUGGAAUAAUUUAACGAUUGAAUACCAUACAAAUAAUAUAUAUUGUGAUUUAAUGCCUGUAGGUGUUGAAUUUUCUCAUAGUUCAUAUCAAUUACCAGUGAAAAAAGAUUGA